ACGUCCCAACCGUCGCGAUGCAAUCCAGACGCACCGACCGGAAGCGCUGCUGAGCGAGCGGAAGCGCGGAAAAGCCGCGGGCGUCGGCAGCCUUCGGGAAAGUUUGUUGUGACGGCCGCCUCGGGAAAUUCACGUGUGCGCGCAAGUUUCGCGGACAAGUCCGGGGGUGUGUGCGGCCUUUAGUUCAAAAAUAUUGCACAAUGGUUUUUUUGACGGGAUCCCGUUGAGAAAUGAAUUACAAUUGCUUCAGUCAGUCGAAGUUGAAAUUGGAUGCCCGAAAAAAAUAGAAGUUUCGAAAUGGGUUAGUGCGUCUAUCGAGAUUGAACAAAAGACUUUUGACAAGUGAAAGAAAAGUGUCGAAAUGUUUCCCGGAUGUAUAAGAGGUCCAAGAUCGACCCACGGUUCUACCGAUGACAUCACAAAGCAGACAAAGUCAAUAGUUCAGAUAUACACUGACUGGGCUAAUCACUACCUGGAAAAAGCAAGAAGUAAAAAACGUGUCAAUUCGUUAGCUUCUGAUUGUAGCGACGGAGUACUUCUUGCAGAAGUCAUCGAGUCAGUCAUGUGCCAAAAAAUUCCAGACGUGAAUAGAAAACCAAAAACACCAACUCAAAUGCUCGAAAACAUCAACUUAUGCCUGAAUCUACUAAAAGCCCAGCAUGUAUCAGGAGUGGAAUCGGUGUCCGCACAAGAACUGAGAGAUGGCAAGUUGAAGGCUAUUUUGGCGUUGUUUUUCGCCCUUUCACGUCACAAGCAGGCUGCUAAACAAAGGGCACAGCAAGUUCAGCAGCAACAGCUGGCAGAUAUGACGCCAAACAGAUCGUCGGCGAUACCCCACAAAGGAGGAACGAGCAUCCCUCUGCCAGGCUCUGCGCUGCCCUCCAGAAGAUGCCCUCCAGACAAGGUCCGACCCAUGGCCGGGUCCUCACGGGCAACCAGUCCGGCCCUGUCGAUGAUACCGCGUGGACCUCCAGCUGCCCAGAUAGCCAGCCCGUAUCAGCAAAGCCCCCAGCAACAGAAGAACUCCAUGCUAGAUAAGCUCAAGCUGUUCAAGUCUAACGAUAAGCCAGCUCCGGUGAGCAACGGCAAACGGACUAGCAGUUCUAGUGGUGUGUCGUCAGCACGGAGUGAGAGAAGUGAUAGCAGUGCCAGUUUGGAGCCCAGUGUCGAUGUGAAACCGGUACGAAAUGCCUCGCGGAUCAAGCCUUCCAGGCCUGCGAAGGCCUCCUCCUCGUCUAAGAACAGCCCCAACGCGGGCAAGAAGGAGGUGGUAGGUCCAAAGACGACCAAGACGGAGGUUGAGAAACACGCGAAUAAGGUGGCUAGUUUGUCGGCUUCCAAGCUGGCUGAACCUAGGGUGAAAGUGUCGGUUAGUAAGACGGAUGUGUCGAACAAGUCGGGUAGUGGUUUGCCUGUGCAGAAUACGCAGAUACCGCAUAGUACUAGUAUUCCUAAGCCUACUGCUGCCAUUAAGGGUACCAGUAAGGUGACGAGGGAGGAGAAGAGUGUGCAAUCUAUGGUUAAAUCGCCGCCUAGUGGGAUGUCUAGGGAGAGUUCACAGAUCAACAUAUCAUCAACAAACAAACCAGUGGUAGCCAUGAUAUCACCCAUGAAAAACGAGAGGGACCAGCAACUAUCAGAGAGCAGUCACAGUACUUCCACAACAGGUCCAAACAGUAGCAACAGCAGUAUUAUUUACAAACCUUCCAGCGAGAGUAGUUCCGAAAGUUCGAACCUACCCUACACCAAGAAAGAACCGUCCAAACUUAUCACAGAAACGCAACAAAACCACAGACCAACACAACAACAACAACAGCUGCAGCACCAACCUCAACAACUGAAACAACAAGACCAACCUAUUCAGAAGCUGCAAGUUCAGAGUAAAUCCCCAACAUCUCCUACGUCUAAGCCAGACAAUAAAACGAAUCAGGGUUUUCCAAAAGAACCGGAGAAGAUACAGAACAAAGUCCAACAGAACGGCCUCACCAUCAAAGAAGCAUCAGCUGAAGAGGAGAAUUCGGUGAGCGUAGAACCGAUGAGACCACUGUUUAGAGGCUACUGCAGUACUCUCACCUUGCCUUCAAGACACAGACCUACAUAUCAGAUGAUGCAACCUGAGGGCAUGGGAGACUACUGUGAGAUUGGACUGACCAAUGGUUAUAUGUCGGAUGGAGAGGUCUUGAGGAAUUCCCCUCGAGAGGUGACUGAUGGUUACAUGUCUGAGGGAGGGUCUGUAUUGUAUGCAAGGAGGUUGCAGACAAUGCCGGCUCAUAUACCGAAUGGCACGUGCAGAUCCGGCCUCACGGUGUUGACGGAGCAAUCUGCGAGAAGGGGGCGCAUAGAGGAACCCCCGCCCGCUCCUGGACCUCGCAACAACUCCCGGUCCCGCAAUGGGGUGCAGAUGCAGGACAGCAAACACGGACAAUGGAAGCGGUACCAGGAUUCACCAGGUGUCGGAAGUCCUCCCCCAGGUCCUGCACCACCCAGCCCGACGAGCGCAAGGAGAGAACGCAGGGGCAGUCCUCACGGCUCCAAGGAGAAGAGCAACAAAGUGAGGGGGGUGCCCCAGAGUUUUGGCUACGUCAAGAGGGGGGCCUCACAGAACGGUACCACGAAUGGUACCCAGAUGAACGGGAAUGGUAACCAGAUUCAAGUACUGCAGCAAGGACAAGGUGGUAAAACAGCUGCUGUUUCUGCCGUUCCUAGGACAAAAGUUAAAGUUUCUGGAGGGACCCAAACUUGUUCCAGCGAUCUACAACAAGUUCAUAAAGCUAGCCCACCGCAGUUCAAAAGUUAUUCAUUAACUGGCAACACCGCAACGCAACUGAGCCAAUCUGUCAGAGAAAGACUGAUGAUGGGAUCACAGAGUUUACCAAAAGGAGCUGGACAGGAUUACGGUUUGAUCCUGCGACAAGGACGUCCAAAAGUCAGUGAUGGAUCGCUCUCGGACACUCAGGCGAUUGAGAAUGUCAGCCCUUACGCUCCUUGGCUUAGACACAGUAACACAUACUCAGUAGCACCUCGGUUGUCAGAAACAGAUAGCAUGGAAAGCUUAACAAGCCUUCCGGGACACAGAAGCAGCCUCACCCAUACCAGACUCCUUCGGGAUUCACCUUCUAGACUUAGCAGGAGCAACAGCAUUAGAUCCACCAAAUCAGAAAAGUUAUACCCUUCAAUGUUACACAGGAAUACGGAACCGGAAACAGAACCGUAUUAUUGUUUACCCAUUGGAGCUAUAAGUCAUUGGUCGCAACCUACAAGUCCUGCACCAGGAAACGCAAGGACAUUUCCACUGUCGCCAACACACUCAUCAACAGCAAGACACAGUUUGCCUAAAAAUGAUGAUGUGCAUGGAUCAUCGAUCAGUCUGGUUUCCACCGCUUCUAGUCUUUAUUCGUCGGCAGAGGAGAAACAAGCGCACGAAAUUCGAAAAUUGAGGAAAGAACUCAUAGAUGCACAAGAAAAAGUGAAUACCUUGACGUCGCAGCUCAGUACGAAUGCUCAUGUUGUGGCUGCUUUCGAACAGAGUUUAUCAUCGAUGACUCAACGAUUACAGCAUCUCACUGCAACGGCCGAGAAGAAGGAUUCCGAGUUAGCUGAACUAAGAACAGCCAUGGAAAAUUUGAGAACUUCCGCCAUACAAGGUGGAAUAUCAAAUGGUCUAGCCAGGCAACCAUCCUCUGAUAGUGUUUCUAGUCUAUCUUCUGCUUGCAGUCUAGACAAACAAGACAAGAAAAAGAAGAAGGGAUGGCUCCGGAGUUCCUUCACGAAAGCCUUCUCGAGAAAUGCCAAAGUUACCAAAGUACCUUGCCAGAAUGAACUAGAGAGCGAAAGACAAAACAGCCCACCACCACCUGCUCCAACGGAUGCAGGACAGGAGGUUGCUGAACUACAGAAACAACUCAGGGAAAAAGAUCUAGUGCUUACUGAUAUCAGAUUAGAAGCUUUAAGUUCUGCACAUCAAUUGGAAAGUCUGAAAGAUACUGUGAUGAAAAUGAGGAGUGAGAUGCUGAGCCUUAAGCAGAAUAACGAGAGACUUCAACGUAUGGUUACUGGAAGUGCAAAUCUACCCACAGAUUUGAUCGACACCAGGAGCGCCGCAAGUAUAGAUGCCUUAAGCGAUAUCAUUCCACCUGAUGAAACUCAACCAGAUGUAGAGCAAGAUGGAAAAAGAAUAUCGAUUUCGGUUUACCUUGGACAGCCACAAACAUUCGAAAGGUAUUACACAGAACAUUACAGUUACGACGGGACCAGUGAGAAUGCCACAAAUGAAAUCGCCGUUGCCCAGACAACGAUUGGAGCAUCUACAUCUUGGGCUCAAUUGGACAACGCAGUCAGGAGAGCUUUCAAGCAGCAUGUUGCUCGACUAGACCCGGGUGGUGGUUUAGGAUUAGGAAGUGACUCUAUAGCCAGCUACAAACUAGGUGAGGCGGAGAGAAAACCAGAUGCAGGCCCACCUGAUCUACUUCCUGUUGGUUACGCUAUAGGAAGGGUGAACACAGUCCACGUGGUGCUCCAACCAGUAGCUGCCUUAGCUUUUGAAGCUCUCAUUCCGAAAGGUGUAGCACAGAGGCUUGUAUCACUGUUAGCUGAACAUAGAAGGCUUGUUCUUUGUGGAGCUCCUGGUACAGGCAAAACACACUUAGCGACGAGACUUGCAGAGUUCCAUGCACAGUCUUUAGGGAGAGAUCCUGCCGAAGCUGUUGCUACUUUCAAUGUGGAUAACAAGUCAGGCAAAGAACUCCGCCAAUACCUUUCUCACCUAAGCGAGCAAGCUGCAGCUGGUGACAACAGUGUCCUUCCUUGUGUGGUGGUCUUAGAUAACCUUCACAAAGCCGGUCCUUUAGGAGAUGCUCUAGGUUCCUUGCCAAGAAAUCUACCAUGUUUAUUAGGAACAAUGGCACAAUCUGCUUGCUCGGCAACAAGUCUUCAAUUGCAACAUGGGUUCAGGUGGGUUCUGGUAGCGCCACAUAUGGAACCUGCAAGAGGCCUUUUAGGAAGAGUUUUGCGGAGGAGGCUAGCGACGUUGGAACUAGAACAGGGCCACCAACCUGAGUUAGCAGCUAUUCUAGGAUGGUUACCGCGGGUUUGGCAACAUUUGAAUGCUUUCUUGGAGACACACAGUUCGGGAGAUGUUGCUAUAGGUCCUAGACUGUUUUUGAGUUGUCCCCUUGAGUUAGACUCGUCUCGUGCAUGGUUUGCCGACGUGUGGAAUUAUUCAUUAGCUCCAUAUCUUCGUGAAGCAGCUCGAGAGGGUCUGCAGCUCUAUGGAAGAAGAGCUGCAUGGACAGAUCCUUCCCAGUUCAUUUUAGACACCUACCCAUGGCCAGGAGCCGCUCCUCAAGGUUUAACAACGAUAACAGCCAAAGAUGUGGGUCUAGAAUCGGAUCCAACAACUCAAACUGACAAUGAAGGAGACCCCCUAUUGAACAUGCUGAUGAGGCUGCAAGAAGCUGCUAAUUAUGCUAGCCCACACUCGAAUGAUUCUGACUGUAAUAGCUUAGACUCCAAUUUAGCUCAUGGUAGCAAUCUUGAGACAGAAAGUGUCUCUUGAAAUCAAAACUGAUAAAGGUACAAUCAAGCAAUCCGCUUAUUUUUUCAAUUUUGUUUGUUAUCAAAGCUGAACCUUCCUAUUAGAAAAUAUUCUCUCUCUCUCUCUCUCUAGUCGUUCCAAUCAUAUAUGGAAGGAAGGUCUAACAUCACUCAAUCUACUGGAAAUUAUUUAUUUUUAGAUUGUGAAGUGUUGAAAAGUAGUCAAAAGAUUUUCUCUUUCUAAAAAAACUCUUAAUACAUACAUUUGUAACAUAAAGAUUCCUUCGAAGGGUUUGCCCGCUCAAUAAAAUUUAGAGAAACAUAGCUAAAGUUAUACAGCUUUUAAUGGUAUUAUUUGCCAAAAAUAUUUUUAUAUGUAAAGUUUUCUAUAGAAUUCGGAUAAGAAAUUUAUAAGGAACAAUAAUAAUCAAUCCUGCCCAUAAUGAUGAUGUCUCCACAGAUAACACGGGUUUGUCCUGUGGAUAUUUGGAAGGACUGGAUGUUCUAUUGACUUUCAAGAGGUUUUUGGAUAUCCAUUUAUUAUUUGUUGAUGGAUAUCCUUUCUAUGUAUGAGGAUAUUCGGACCUGAAAUGGACAGAAACAGAUAUCCAUAGAUUAGGAUGUGCUAUCUGGGUAAUCUUUUUCUCAUAUAACCACCUGUUCAAUGAUCCAUAUAUUCAAACUCAUUUUUUUACCUUUUUACCUAAUUUUCUUUAAAUUACUGGUUUUGCAUAAAUAUGUUCGAAGACUUUUCCUAAAAAUUAUUCUCCCUUUUCAAGUAUUGUUCUACUUUUGAAUUUGUGAAAUACUUUGAAUAAAUGGUUCAGUGAUGGUUCUGCAUUCUUGAGAAGUGAUAACUAUACCAAAAUAGGAAAAAUUAUAAUCGAAAAGGUUUAUUUCUUGAAAAAAAAAUUAUUAUUAGUUCAGUAAACAUUUUCAAGAGAUCCAAAAUCGAAAUGUACUAUAACUAUUUCUGUAAUAUAAUAUUACAAGUGAAUAUGCAAAUUACGACUAUAAAAAAGUGCUUAAAGAAUCACAUCUACUACUUUCACCAUCAUCGUCAUCAUCGUAUUUGUUAUUAAUUUGGAACAAAUUAUGAGCAUUUCUGAAUUCAUGACUAGAGAAUAUUGUAGAUUAAUGAAUUGUAUAUUUUUGUUUGUCUGUGUUCUCCAUGAGUAUUUCUGGUCAAAUAACCAAUUUAAUUGUACAUAUGUUAUUUAUAUUGAACAUUUAUAUACAAAGUUUCUAUGCCUUUGUUUUGUAUUUAUGACAUGUAAGAUGUUUAAAUAACUUUUAUACAAAUUGUAUAAAUUUGCCAUAUAAAUUAUUUGAAGAAUAA